AUGUCUAGCUCAUCUGACCGAGCUCCCGUACGAGACCAAGCUGAAGACGAUGCCUGGUUCCCAUCCCCUUUCUCGCUCUCCCAGUAUACGUCACCCAAGACGGACUUCGAUGGAGCAAACUACCCCAACCCUUACAAAGGCGGCAAAUGGAAGGUCCUUCUGAUCGCAUCACAAGAGCGUUAUCUCCAGAUGGCUGACGGCAAAUUCUUUUCGACUGGUAACCAUCCGGUAGAGACGCUCCUGCCCAUGUACCACCUCGAUGCUGCAGGCUUCGAUAUCGACAUUGCUACUCUUUCUGGUGACCCAGUGAAGUUUGAAAUGUGGGCCUUCCCGCAGGAGGACAAAGCGGUCAAGGCAAUAUACGAGAAAUACAAGGCCAAAAUCCGCAAGCCACUCAAUCUCGAAGACGUAUGGGGCAAAGGCUUCACACAGCAAACACCAUAUCUCGCGGUCUUCGUUCCUGGUGGUCACGGCGUGUUGAACGGCAUCCCUUUUUCGGCGACAGUGGGCAAAAUUCUUCGUUGGGCACAUGAGAACCAGCGUUUCCUUAUUUCACUGUGCCAUGGACCGGUAUGCAUGCUUGCCGCCGACAUUGGCAAGCCUGAAGGCAGCAAAUUUAUCUACGACGGAUACCAAAUUGAUGUUUUCCCGGAUUCGUUAGACCAGGGGGCCAAUAUCGAUAUUGGUUACAUACCUGGGAAGAUGGCGUGGCAUGUUGGCGAACGACUCCGCAAGCUCGGUGUCACGCCUCUCAAUAGGAGCAUCAGUGGUGAGACCCAUAGGGAUCGGCUUGUCCUUACCGGCGAUUCUCCGCUGGCGUCCAACAACCUCGGCAAGUUAGCUGCCGAGACACUGCUGAAGGAGGUUCCCAGACUUUCGUGA